AUGGAGUCUGGCAUGGUGGAGAUCCCAGUUAAAGUAGCAGUUCGAAUCAGACCUCUGCUUUCCAAAGAAGUACUUCAUAACCACCAAGUGUGUGUGAGAUUAGUCCCAAAUACACAGCAAAUUAUCAUUGGGAAAGACCGUGUCUUUACUUUUGAUUUCGUAUUUGGCAAAAAUUCAACCCAAGAAGAAGUUUAUACUGUUUGCAUUAAGCCUCUUCUAGUGUCUUUGACUGAGGGAUACAACGCUACAGUGUUUGCAUAUGGACAAACAGGUUCUGGGAAGACUUACACCAUCGGAGGUGGCCACAUUGUGUUGGUGCUAAGGAAAUUCCGAGUAGAAUGUGCAGAUGAAGUGAUAAGCCUCUUGGAAAGUGGCAAUGCAGCUCGUCACACAAGCACAACACAAAUGAAUGAGCACUCUAGUCGAUCUCAUGCUAUUUUUUACCAUCAAUAUUUUGUCAGAAAACAGUCCUGCAGAGUCUCAGAAAAAAUACUGAUGCUACACAGGAUUCAUCUUGGAAAAUCAGUCCAGACGAUUGCUUCAAAGUUUCAUUUUGUGGAUUUGGCAGGAUCAGAGAGGGUGACAAAAGACUGGAAAAUACUGGCGAAACGCUUCAAAGAAUCAGUUCAGAUCAAUAGUGGUCUCUUGGCCUUGGGAAAUGUCAUCAGUGCCCUUGGAGACCCCAAAAAGGAAAAAGUGUACAUAUUCCAUACAGGGAUGCCAAAAAUCACCCGUAUUCUGAAAGACUCCCUCGGAGGAAAAUGCAGGACUGUCAUGAUAACAUGUAUAAAGCCAUCCUCAUCAGACUUCGAUGAAUCUUUAAAUUCCCUCAAAUAUGCCAACAGAGCCAAAAACAUUAGAAAUAAGCCAGUUGUUAAUUACAACCCCAAUCAAGACCGGAUUGAUGAAAUGGAACUUGAAAUCAAAUUGCUUCGAGAAGCUUUGCAUAACCAGCAAGUCGGUGUCAGUGUUUCACAUGACUUAAAUCAAGAAAGAGCUCGUAUCAGUUCACUUGAGGAGCAACUCACCCGGCUUCAGGUUCAAUGUGUCAGUUACAGAAAUUGUGUAGAUGAAGCUUUUCCCAUUUCUGGUUGAUUUGAAACAAUGAUGUUAGCUUAAAAACAAAAUCAGCGGGGACAGGUUUGC